AUGGGCCUUCGAGUGGUGCGGAUGCAUCCAGAAAUAAACAUCAACAAACUAACCAACCAGAAAUCGGGGGGGGGGAAAAGGCUUCAGAUUCACUCCAUAGUAACUCCAGUGCAAAAGCCAAUGAAGGUGCUCCCCAUUGCCACAGCUCAGACUUAUGGAGCUCAGCAGCAGAUCUUGGAGCUGCUGACCUCUUACGGCAUCAAGACUACAGAUUACUUACAAGAGAGUGAUGUCAUUUUGCUCUUUUGUCCUAUUCUGCCACAAACCGUGUCCUAUUCUGCCACAAACCGUGCAGCCGUCAGAAAGACUCCAGGUGAAGGCAAACCGGUGGUGUCGGUUCUGAUGCGUCAACGUUUUGACCCUGCUGACAAAGUCCUGGACACAAGCUGCUGUAGCACACAGCACCCCUGUUUAAAGGAGGAAGUGCGGGUGCUUUUCCAUCAGACUUCAGGACUUCUGAAGUGCCACAGCAACCAGGAGGCAAUGCAGACCCUCAAGACCCUCUGUGACAAGUAUGCCACUCCAGCUCCAGUGCAAAAGCCAAUGAAGGUGCUCCCCAUUGCCACAGCUCAGACUUAUGGAGCUCAGCAGCAGAUCUUGGAGCAGCUGACCGCUGACGGCAUCAAGACUACAGAUAACUUACAAGAGAGUGAUGUCAUUUUGCUCUUUUGUCCUAUUCUGCCACAAACCAUGUCUGGCCUUGAUGCAGCCGUCAGAAAGACUCCAGAUCACACUCGGCCAGGUGAAGGCAAACCGGUGGUGUCGGUUCUGAUGCAUCAAACUUUUGACCCUACUGACAAAGUCCUGGACACAACCUGCUGUAGCACACAGCACCCCUGUUUAAAGGAGGAAGUGCGGGUGCUUUUCCAUCAGACUUCAGGACUUCUGAAGUGCCGCAGCAACCAGGAGGCAAUGCAGACCCUCAAGACCCUCUGUGACAAGUAUGCCACUCCAGGUGGAGCAGAAGGCAAACCGGGGGUGUUGGUUCGGACGCAUUCAAACCUAGACGAAGUCCAGAACAUUAACUUUGUGAGGGAAAAACAUCCCUGCUUAAAUCAGGAAGUGCAUGAGAAGAACAAUGCAACGUCAGCUUCAGAAGAAGUCAAGCCAGUGAAUAUGUUCACCAUCAUCAUGGGUGAGACCUCCCAGGCUUUCCAGAAGCUCCUGGAGAAACUAAGUUCACAUUCACCUCGGAUCACAAAGAGUGAGGACAUAGAUGGAUGUGACGCCAUCCUUGUCAUCUCUUCAUUCCAGUCCUGGCACAGCGCUUAUAUGAAAACGGCUUUGGAAACGAUUCCAGCCCCAGACAAACCGGUGGUGUUGGUUCUGGUUCAUAAGCCUGGUUCAUUCCAACCAGGAACAAGACUUUGUGCAGAGUUUCCCACUCUAAAGGAGGAGGUGCACAUUGAGUAUAAUUACACAAAGAACCAACUACAGGAGUGUGACAUGAACCAAAAGGCCAUCGAGGACCUCAAGAAGCUUUGUGACCAUUUCUGCAGCACUGGGUGGGAGAUGAUGCAAAUGGAAAUAUAA